AUGUCGCCCCGGACCUUGGCCGUGGUCGUUCUGUCCGUCGCGCUCGGGCUGUUCUUUGUCUUCAUGGGGACUGUCAAACUGACGCCGCGCCUCAGCAGGGAUGCAUUCAGUGAGAUGAAAAGAGCAUACAAGGAAUAUGCCAAGGCCCUUCCUGUGUUAAAGAAGAUGGGUAUCUCCUCGAUCCUGCUGCGGAAACUCAUCGGGACACUGGAGGUGACGUGUGGCAUUGUCAUGACCCUGGUCCCUGGGAGACCCAAGGACGUGGCCAACUUCAUCCUGCUGCUGGUUGUUCUAGCUGUGCUCUUCUUCCACCAGCUGGUGGGUGACCCACUCAGACGUUAUGCCCAUGCCCUUGUCUUUGGGAUCCUGCUCACCUGCCGGCUGCUGGUCAUCAGACAAGCCGAUGACAGAGACAAGGAGGUGGUAGUGGGAGCGGUGGUGAAAGAAGCUGACGGGAAGGGCGACCCUAAGCAAGAGAAAGAGAAGCUGAAAACCACCUAA